CUGAGUGGGGAUAGGGACGACAAUAACCGUCGAUAGCCAGUUCUACACAAGGAAGACGCCCCUUCCCUUACAAACUUUUUCUUCCUCGACCCUAUAACAGAGAAAUUGAGUAAAAACUAGUUUAAGGAUGAUAAAGCAAGGCAAUCACGAUUUCUUCAAUGGUAAUGGUGCUGGCAGCCAUAUCUCUGCCACCGACCAACAGAAACCGCUUCCUCCCAUAUAUAAGAAGCGAAGAAGAAGCAGAACGAUGAUGGAGGAAAGUCAGCAGUCUUCAUCUUCCGUGGUCCCUACUAGCAGCGCCUCCGACAGAAUGCCGCAGUGCACGGAGUGCGGGAAGAGGUUCUGUUCAUGGAAGGCCCUGUUUGGACACAUGCGCUGCCAUCCGGAGAGGCAGUGGCGUGGCAUCAACCCUCCGCCGAAUUUCGCCAGACCGCCACCCGUCGCCUUUUCAUCUCCUCCGAGCCGCCGCAGGUUCUGCUGGGGAGGAGAUGGUCAUGAUGAUGAUGAUGAUUUUGAGGUGGCAGGCUGCCUGCUAAUGCUUGCAAAUGCUGGCGAGAGUCCGCAACAUCAGCAGCAGCAGCAGGCAGCGCUUAGGAUGGAUGACGAAAUAUCCGUGGCAGUCGCGCCAUUUGAAUGCUCGGGUUGUAAUGAUAAUAGUAGUAGUAGUUAUUAUAAUAAUAAAGCAGGGGGAGCAGCAGCAGGAGCAGGAGCGCUGUUCAUGGCGGGCGUGAGGGAGGAGGAAGAGCGGCACAGGUGCGCCAUCUGUUUGAAGGCCUUCUCGAGCGGUCAAGCGCUUGGCGGGCACAAGAGGCGCCAUUGGCUCAACAAGAUUCCUCCUCCUCCUCUUCCACUGCUACUUAAGAGUAGCUUUGGCCCUGACCAAGGCCAUCCUCAUCCCAAUCCAGGCACCGGGGCUUACUCGGAUUUGAACUUUCCUGCAGCACAAGAUCAUCAUUCUUCAUCACUGCCUGAUGUUUACAACUCUUCUACCUAUGGCCUGCCUAAUUUGGAUUUAAGAUUGGCUCUCUAAGCACCGGUUAAGUUACACGGUGUUGAAUCUAUACUAUAUGUUACCUCAUUGUUAGUUAGUUCAUGUAUUUUUAGUCUAGUAAUUAGCUAGUUACAGUGCCUGGUGCUAUUGCUGGCCUGAUUUCUAUUAAUCGUACUGAUAUACUUCUAUUAUUAACAACUGUUGUAUUGUUAUUACUCCUACAUUUAGUAUUAAUAAUUCUAAUCAGAUUAUAGUUCGGCUGGCA